UAUAUAUAUAUAUAUACACACACACACCCAUAUCUCUCUCUGUGUGGGCAUUUUUUGUACUGAUGGUUAUGAGGAAAUUAGUAUCAAUCUUUAGAAAAAGCAAUGAUCGCUUUCCAUGCAUAAACUACGCCGCCGUCUGCUUUACAAAAACACCUUCUUCCGCCAGGCGAAUCCACAUGUACACUCGCGCCGCCGCCGUCCUCCGCCGCAAGAAGAAAAUAGUCGUAAUUAUGGGCGCAACGGGAUGUGGAAAGACCAAACUCGCCGUCGACUUGGCCUCUAGAUUCUUCCCAUCGUCGGAGAUCAUCAACUCCGACAAAAUCCAAGUCUACCGCGGCCUCGACAUUACCACCAACAAAAUCCCGUUCGCCGACCGGAGAAACGUCCGCCACCACCUCCUCGGCGACUUCGACCCGUCGGAUUCCCACCCGGAGUUCACCCCCUCCGACUUCCGGGCAUCCGCCUCCUCCGCCGUCGCCCAUAUUCUCUCCCGCCGCCGGACGCCGUUCGUCGUCGGCGGCUCGAACUCGUUCGUCUACGCGUUACUGGCCGAGAGAUUCAACCCGGAAUCGGACGUGUUCGCCGCCGAGUCACCGGACUCGGCCUUCUGCAGGGAGCUUCGCUACAGCUGCUGCUUUAUCUGGAUCGACGUUUCCUUACCGGUGCUGAACCGGCAUUUAGCCAAACGAGUCGACCACAUGCUCGACUCAGGGAUGGCCGACGAGUUGGCCGAGUAUUUUAAAAAUCAACGGUCGGACUCAGUGAGUCAACGCGGGCUGAAGAGGGCGAUCGGGGUGCCCGAGUUCGAGAGGUACUUCAAAUGGGGGAUGGGUGACGUGGAGGAGGCGGUGGGGGCCAUCAAGGAGAACACGUGUCAGCUGGCGGAGAGGCAAGUGGGGAAGAUCUUACGGUUGAGGGACGCGGCGGGAUGGGAGCUGAAGAGGGUGGAGGCGACGGCGGCGAUUAGAGCGGCGGCGGAGGGGGGCGGGGGGGCGGCGGAUAUAUGGGAAAGAGAGGUGGUGGAACCAAGCGUGAAGAUUGUGAAGGAGUUCUUGAUGGAGUAGGUUUAAAUUAUCCAGCUAUUUCCAGCUCUUCUUUUCCCUCUAACAAUCACCAUUCUAUCUCUCUCUCUCUACUCUUUCUCUCUCUUGUUUGUUAUGAAAAUAUGGCAAUUGUUUUGGAUCCAUGUGUACAUUGUAGUAAACUUAUUUCUCUUUUAUUUUUUU